CUCCCUAGAGUCCAAGCCCUGCGUGAUUCAGCAUCAGCCCUGGAGCUGGAGAAAGAAUCUCUCAUAGAACUCAUCCACAGUAUUCAGAACAGCCAGGAUAUGAGGAAUAUCAGUGACGGAGAAAGAGAAGAACUAAUUAUAACAGCAAAGAGGCUGAUGGGUCGUGCAGUGACUGUAGAGGUCUGCGUUGAAACUAUAAGAAGCCCCCAGCAAGCUUCUUCUCUGGAACAAGCCACCAACAUGAUUGAUGACAUUCUGAAGAAAGUCAUGGAUAACUUGGAAAGUGGCAAGAAAGAGCUGGUAUCUUUGUACGGAGCAUGUAGUUCAGAUGUUCCUUCAGGGCCAGUAGAUCAGAAAUUCCAGUCCAUCAUAAUUGGAUGUGCAAUUGAGGACCAAAAGAAAAUUAAAAGAAGACUAGAGACCCUUAUUAGGAACAUUAACAGUUCUGAGAAGUCCAUUACACUUCUGGAGAACCAGAAGCAGAAAUCAGCUGAUCAGCAAAAUAAAAUCUAA